GAGGAGGGUGUACAGGUGAACAUGAACCUGCUCCUCCUCCAUCGGGAUGCAAAGCCACUCCACAGAGAAAACCUACUGCUUCCUACAGCAGUCACACUUUGUCCGCACACUAUUGCACUUCUGAGCUCGGAUGAGUAAGUGAAGAACAGGAUGGCAAACUCAGCACUGGAGAUUGUGGGUCUUUUAGUAUCCCUAAUCGGGCUGAUCGGGGCAGCAGCAACUACAGGAAUGCCUAUGUGGCGCGUCACAGCUUUCAUUGGAGACAAUAUCAUUGUGUUUGAGACUCUGUUUGAGGGCUUGUGGAUGAAUUGCUACCAACAGGCAAGCUUCAGGAUGCAGUGUAAAGUGUACGACUCUCUCCUGGCCCUGACUCCUGACCUGCAGGCGGCAAGGGGGCUGAUGUGCUGCUCUCUGGCACUGAGUGGUCUUGGUGUGCUGAUCAGUCUGAUAGGCAUGCAGUGCACAUCAUGCAUCCAAAACAAUGAUCGAGCUAAGCGGCUGGUUCUCAUCAUUGCUGGUAGCAUGAUCAUAUUGGGUUGCUUCUGUGUCCUCAUCCCCGUCUCCUGGACGGGUCACGUCAUCAUCACUAACUUCUACAACCCCUUGCUGAUCGAUGCCCAGCGGAGAGAGCUUGGAGCAGCUCUCUACAUUGGCUGGGUAACUUCGGCUUUCUUGUUUGCUGGAGGAUGCAUUUUUAUUUGCUGUAAUAUACAGUCGGAUGACAAAGAUUCAGAGAGGUACCUAUACUCCAAGGCCUCAGACUAUUCGGUCUACCCUCAACAGCCACUACAGCCUCUACAACCUCAACAACUGAUGACGCUUCCCCCCCAACCACGAUCUCAGCCAAUGCUAUCAAGAUACCCAUCGUCUAUCUACAGUUACCAGUCCAGAUAUCCCUCUGUACACAGUGCACACAGUGGGGUCGCGUUUCUGUGAACACUUAUUUUUAUUUUUGUUUUUUUAAUUGAUCGGAAACUAUGCAUUUCAGGUUUAAGAGAAAAUGUGUGUGAACCAAUACACCAUUUCUACUACAUUAUGUGUAUUAAUUAAAUUUUAUACUAACAGCCUUAUAUUUUAUACAAAUGCUUAAAAAUUGUGUACAUUUAUGCUGUAUAUAACAAUUUAAUUCAAUCUUUAACCACUGAAAAUUAUUAAAAAGUUGACUUACUCUAAAACAUGCACUUUGUUAAUGGGACAUGUCAUCUCUGAAAAACAAGAGUAGUUGUAACUACAUUUAAAGCUUAAGAAAUAUUUUUUGAAAUGACUAAACUUUAAACAUGAGCUGUGUCUGAGCUGUGCUGCUAAAAAAGAAAAGUUAAUCAUUACUAAUCAGUUUCAACUAGUAUUCAAAUCAAAAGUAAUAACUAAAUGAUGGCAGGUGUAGAAGUAGUACUAGAAAAGACCAACAAACACAUAACGCUUCAUGUGUGAAAUGAAAAGAAGAAACAGUUUUCAUUUUUUCAUUACCAGGAUUUCACUGGAAAGUAAAUGCCAUCCAUCUAAAAUACCUCCAAAACUAGGACGUUUAUGGUGUUUGCUUAACCAAAAAAAUCCUGAAUCUGUUUAAGUUGGCUGGGUAAAGAGGAAAUAGUUACACAAAAACAAGAUACUGGAUUAAGGAUACUUGUUUAAGGUGUGGCAGCAUAGCCAGAUAGUUACAAAAAAAAGCAGAGCGACAACGGCAUGAUCAUAUGUUCCAAAUUUGCAAGUCACUUUGAAUAGAAAACAAAGCAGACUGUGUUAAACAUUUCUGUCUCUGUUCAAUAGAAUACGACUUCUUAAUCGAACAGGUUGCUUAUUUUCAGUUUUAGUAAGUUCAAAUGUAAACUAUACAACUUGAACUUCAAAAUAAAACAGUAAUUUCACUGCUGUUGGGUAACGCAAAUAUUUGUGACGUAAGGACAAUGUAGUGUUUAUUGUCGCUUGAGGUUUCACGCAAUAAUUUCUGAAGCCAUGAUGAAUACAUGUUGACAAGUUCUGUACAUAAUUUAAACUUAGACAUUUAAACUGUAAGAGACAGAACAAACUGUAUUUGGCCUGUGUUAUGUGAGAUCCCCCUCAUUUCACUAUCCUAAAGGUCAUCUCUGCUCCCCUGUGGACAAUAUAAGAACUACAUGCUCUGUACUAAACUGUACCACAUAUUAAUGUUUGCUUCUAAUUUGUACCACAUAUAAAGAGUAAGAAAACAUGGCAAAUAAUUAAAAUUUAAAAAAAA